AUGAACCGUUUGACCUCGGACCAAAGACCGAGUGGUGCAUCGGGUCAAAAGAAACAGGAGGAAUGCGCUACAACGUUCUUACCGGGAAAAUUGUGUACUAUGGGAAAGUUGUGCAUUGGGCUUCUGGGCUGGGAACCGCGUGGUGCACGUGGUCAGAAAAAACAUCACAAGGGAUGUGUCAUAGCCUUCUUACAGGAAAAACGGUGCACUUUACGAAAGAUCCAUCAUACUAUUUUGGACAACUCCAAGUUGUCCAGAGCUUAUCCAUGGAUUUUAAAUUUUUAG